UUUCCAAAAUCAUUCAUAUGAAGAAAGAUUUAGAGAUUUGGUUCUCCUCUAUACAUAUAUGUAUAAUUAGCAAAUAAUCUCUUUUGACUAAUGAAAGGUUUUAAAGCUAAAGAAAGAAAAAAAAAAACAGAAAUGAAUCAUCGUCUUGCCGGGAUAAUAAGGCCGCUUGGCCACAUUACCACAGAUCGAAUUCGAUCCUCCUCCGUUGAGCCACCGUUUCCGGUUUACUACAAAACCAUAAUCAACCAUUUGCAAUCUCUAACCGGUAUCCACGUUUCACCUGGGCUUACCAAUCAAGAGAUCUCAGCCGUUGAAUCUUCUCUUGGUUUCUCCUUCCCUGUUGAUCUCCGUUCGAUUCUUCAAACCGGUCUUCCGGUUGGUACUAAUUUCCCCAAUUGGAGAACCGGAUCAAACCGCAAUCGUCUCCUUCUCCCUCUUCUUCGUCUCUCCAAAAUCGUCGCCGGAAACGGAUUCUGGGUCGACUCUUGGGGGAUCCGACCCGGAAACGACGCUGAGGCCUUAUCCCUCGUGAAGAAAUUGGUUGAGAUCGCUCCGGUUCUCGUCCCCAUCUACGGCGAUUUCUAUGUACCUUCGACGACGCCAAAUUUGGCGGGAAAUCCAGUUUUUCAAGUUGACGGAGACGGGGUCAGAUUUCUGAGUUGCGACGUCGCUGAAUUCCUCAAUGGACUCGGUCGAUCGGAAAUGCCUACGGUGGAUAGAAGAAUACGACGGAGGAGAGUGGAGUUCUGGAGUGACGCGGCGGAGAAAGGGAGAUCGUUGGAUGUGGUGGCGCGUGAUAACACGCGCGGGUGGUGGAGCGCGUCGGGCUGCGAGCGGUUGAGGGCGUGUUUGGACGACGCGUUUUGGAAGCUGAGGGAAGGAGGAUGGACGGAAGAUGAGGUCCGCGAUAUGAUGAACGGUGUAGAUCGAGACACGUGUGCUCAGCAGCAAACGCUGUCGCGAGAUGUGGAGUACGCGUUUGGCGGUGAUAGGAUGGACGGAAGAGAUGAAGACACGUGUACGGAGGAUGAUGAUGAUCAUGGGAAACGCGGACAAGUAACGACGUUGAGGCAUCUGCUGCUUUAUGACCGUUAGAUCAGCUAGCAAUGAUGUUUGCGCCUUACGCAUUAGGGUUAUGUAAAUUGGUCGAGUAUAUGAUUUCAUAAGAGAUAGGAGUAGGACAAUGAAGUUUCAAGAAUUUGUUUAAAGACAAAAACAAAUGUGUUCGGUACCAAAAAAGAGAGCUAGAACAUAUGCUCUUGGGAAUGACUUAACCUGUAAAUAUGUUAAAGAAAAAGAUUACAACAAA